CAAACGAAAAGGGAACCGGAGCCAGUUCCUGCCAAGAAACGGAAGCUUGUGCGUGGAACCAGAGACGCCAAACGUGGAGCGGUGUCACUGUCAGACAGUGACCAUGAGCCGAUUGUUCUUGAUGAUGAGGAGCCUGAAGAAGUUGACGACGAGAGCAUGGAGGAGUCUGAAGUCGAAGAAGCUGUGGAUCUGGAGUUUGAUGAGAAGGUUCUCACUUCUGACGAUGAUAUGGAGGACAGGGAGUUCACUUUAAAAAUGUCCAAAUCAAGCGGCAGACCGCGCGGAAGACCGCCUCUGGUUAAAGUUGACUACUACAGGCACAAGCCAAAAUUGAUGGCAGACGGAUUCGAGCUGAAAAACUACCAGAUUGUGGGAAUGAACUGGCUGAACCUGUUGUACCAAAAAAGACUCUCGUGCAUUCUUGCCGAUGAGAUGGGCUUGGGAAAAACGUUGCAGGUGAUUGCAUUUUUGACGUAUCUCAAACAGCAGUCCUUUGACGGCCCGCAUCUGGUGAUUGUUCCGUCUUCCACAUUGGAAAAUUGGCUCAGAGAGUUUCAGAAGUUCUCUCCGUCUCUCAAGGUGAUACCGUACUAUGGCAGCCAAAGCGCGAGAGCAGAACUGAGGGAGGAGCUGAUGUAUAACGGGGAUUACGACGUUUUGGUGACAACAUACACGCUUGCCACCGGCCAUAAGUACGACCAGUCCUUCUUGAGAAGCAGGAACUUCAACGUUAUCGUCUACGAUGAAGGCCAUAUGCUGAAAAAUUCGAAUUCUGAUAGAUAUGCGAAGCUGAUGAAGCUGGGUGCCCGUUUCCGGCUACUUUUGACCGGCACUCCACUGCAGAACAACCUGAGAGAGCUGAUCUCUCUGCUUGCAUUUAUUUUGCCGGGCAUAUUCCACGAGAAGCGCGAGGAUCUUCUAGUGCUGUUUGAUCAAAAGGCGUCCACCAAAUCGACCCACAAACGCGAGACCGAGGACGGUGACGCGGACGACGAGGAGAAUUACAACCCGCUACUUUCGCAGCAGGCAAUCACCAACGCCCGUGCCAUGAUGGCACCGUUUGUGCUGCGAAGAAAGAAGGACCAGGUGAUGCAGCAUCUACCUCCCAAACAUCACCACAUUGAGUACUGUGAUCUGGAUGAGUAUCAAAAGAACGUUUAUCAGCAGGAGAUCCAGAAGGCUCGCGAGGCCAAGGCUGAGAGAGAGAGACGGAAGCUGAUGAGUCCGGACGAACUACGGAAAUUGUCAAAGACAACGAUGUCGCUGUCGGCGUCGAAUGUGGUGAUGCAGCUGCGUAAGGCUGCUUUGCACCCGAUGCUUUUCAGAACACAUUAUCAGGACUCAAAAUUAAAGAAGAUGGCGCGAGACAUCAUGAAGAGCGACGAUUAUUACAACGCCAAUAGAGACUACAUUUUUGAGGACAUGCAAGUUAUGUCCGAUUUCGAGCUCAAUAGGUUGUGCCACACGUACUCCAAGCAGCUGGCAUCGUUCCAGUUAGACAACGAGGCGUACUACCAAAGCGGAAAGGUGAGAAAAAUGCUGCAACUUAUUAACAAGGUGACGGAGAAGGGAGAGAAAGUGCUGGUUUUCUCCUUAUUUACCCAGGUGCUUGAUAUCCUAGAAAUGGUGCUCAGUUUGAACCAGAUCAAGUUCCUGCGACUGGACGGACAGACCUCCGUUGACGAAAGACAGGGAAUCAUCGACAAAUUUUACGAGGCCGACGAUGUGCCUGUGAUGCUGCUUAGUACCAAGGCAGGUGGAUUUGGUAUCAAUCUGGUUUGUGCCAACAACGUUAUCAUUUUCGACCAGUCUUUCAACCCCCAUGACGACAAGCAGGCAGAGGACCGUGCUCACCGAGUCGGCCAGACCAAGGCGGUCAACGUUUACAGAAUAAUUUGCAGAGACACUAUCGAGGAGAACAUUUUGCAACUGGCCCAGAACAAGCUGCAGCUUGACGACUCGAUGAUGUCUGGCGACGACGACAAGGCGGCCAAGGCCGUGGAGAGCAUGUUGUUCCCCGAGUAGA